UUUUUCCUUUCCCAAGAUAUGACAUGUAUAUUAUUCUGUGUUCACCUAAUUUACUUAUAGUUUCCUUCUUUGUAUUCAAGUCAUUCACCAACUCUGAAUUUAUCUUGUUAUAGGGUGUGAGAUGUUGAUCUAAACCCAAUCUCUCCCACACUGUUUUCCAAUUUUCCCAGCAGUUUUUGUCAAAUAGUGGAUUUGUAUCCCAAAAGCUGAGAUCUUUGAGUUUAUGAUAGACUGUCUUGCUGAGGUCACUUACCCCAAGUCUAUUCCACGGAUCUUCCCUUCCAUCUCUUAGCCAGUACCAUAUUGUUUUGAUGACCACUGCUUUAUAGUAUAGUUUAAGAUCUGGUACUGCUAGGCCACUUUCCUUUGCAUUUUUUUUUUCAAGAUUUCCCUGCUUUGAUCUUUUGUUCUUCCAAAUUAACUUUGUUAUGGUUUUUUUCUAAUUUAUUAAAAAAGUUUUUUGGUAGUUCAAUGAGUAUGGCACUAAAUAAAUAAGUUUGAGUAGGAUUGUAAUUUUUAUUAUGUUAGCUCAUCCCACCCAUGAGCAAUUAAUGUUUUUCCAGUUAUUUAGUUCUAGUUUUAAUUGUGUGGAGAUUGUUUUGUAGUUGUGGACAUAUAGUUCCUGUGUUUGUCAUGGCAGAUAGAUUCCUAAGUAUUUUAUAUUGUCUACAGUGGUUUUAAAUGGAAUUUCUCCUUCUAAUUCUUGCUGCUGAACUAUGUUGGAGAUGUAUAGAAAUGCUGAUGACUUAUGUGGGUUUAUUUUGUAUCCUUCAGCUUUGCCAUAGUUGUUGAUCAUUUCCACUAGCUUUUUAGUCAAUUCUCUGGGGUUCUUUAAAUAGACCAUCAUAUCAUCUGCAAAGAGCGAUAAUUUGGUCUCCUCAUUGCCUAUUUUAUAAUGCCUUCAAUUUCUUUUCCUUCUCUAAUUGCUACUGCUAGUGUUUCUAGUACAAUGUUAAAUAAUAGAGAUGAUAAUGGGCAUCCUUGUUUCACUCCUGAUUUUAUUGGGAAGGCUUCUAGUUUAUCCCCAUUGCAGAUGAUGUUUGCUGAUGGUUUUAGAUAUAUACUGUUUAUUAUUUUUAGGAAAGGCCCUUCUAUUCCUAUACUUUCUAGUGUUUUCAAUAGGAAUGGGUGUUGUAUUUUGUCAAAGGCUUUUUCUGCGUCUAUUGAGAUAAUCAUGUGAUUUUUGUUGGUUUGCUUGUUGAUAUGGUCAAUUAUGUGGAUGGUUUUCCUAAUAUUGAACCAUUGUUGCAUUCCUGGUAUAAAUCCCACCUGAUCAUAAUGAAUAACCCUCAUGAUCACUUGCUGGAGUCUUUUUUCUAGUAUCCUAUUUAAGAUUUUUGCAUCUCUGUGCAUUAAGGAGAUUGGUCUGUAGUUUUCUUUCUCUGAUUUUGAUCUACCUGGCUUUGGAAUCAGUACUUGUGUCAUAAAGGGGAUUUGGAAUUUAGUAAGACAACGCCCAGAGGUUGACACCUGGUUUUUAUGACAAGCUGAAUACUUCCAUACAAGAUCAGAAGGCAUAACAUCAUAUAGACCUUAUUUUAGAAACAGUUACCCAAUUACAAAGCUGAUUGGUUAGUUCAUUUCGGAAAGCCCAUAUUAGUCCUUUUAUUAAUGACUUACUCAAUUCAAGUGACCAUUAUCCCUCAUAUGAUCUGGGGGAAGAGAUGACUAUUUCCAAACAGGAAAGGGGGCGUGAUGUUUGUGCCAUAUUUGGACAUGAGAUCCUGAUAGUCAACAUCUUAUGAUAAAGGGAAGUACAAUCUUAGUGAGGAGUUAGAUAUCCCGUUAGAAGCAGUUUUUAUGUUUUAGUUAGAAAUCUUUGUAAAUAUUAUAAAUUUUACUGAUUGUAUGAAGAUUAUAAUGGAAUUUAUACUAAUCACUUUAGAAUCACAAUACUGAUUAUCUUAAACCUAUCAUUAUCACUAAAAUCCAAUCAAGUAUUAGGUGGUAGGGGUCUUUUUUUCCCAAACUGAUUUGGGAUUAUUUAAAGUAUUCUAUUUCUUCCUCUGUUAAUCUAAGCAAUUUAUAUUUUUGUAAAUAUUCAUCCAUAUCAAUUAAAUUGCCAUAUAAUUGGUCAAAAUCGUUUUUGAUGAUUGCCUUAAUUUCCUCUUCAUUAGAAGUGAGCUCUCCAUUUUCAUCUUUGAUUCUGUUAAUUUGGUUUUCUUCUUUCCUUUAUUCUUUAUUCCAUUUUUAAUAUAAUGGGGAACCUGGAGGUCCUCUUAUCCUAGAGAUGUGUAGGGAUAAACCAGUUCACAGUUACAGGAAGUAGAAACCAUAGAGACAGAAAGAAGGAACCAUAAAGACAGGAAGUGAGGUACAAAAGGGUCAGCAUCAAUUGGUCAGUCUGUCUGUUGCUGACAGUUAGGGCUGGCAGUUAGGGGGACAUUUACUGCUGUGUGUUGGGUUGGCGGUUGAUGGUUAAUCACUGGAAUAUAAAGAUGGGCCUGAUCUUACUGAGAAGGCUUUUUGGCUUUAGCCUUUAGAGGGUUUUGGGUUUUAGAUUGGGCUGUUGGGUUUUUUCUUUCUUGAACUUUUUGAAGGUGCCUGGUCUUCAUUAACAGACCGGAUUGGGGUUGGAUUAAACAGUGAUUGAUUUCAUUUUGAUUGGACUGGAUUGGGUUGGAGCUUUGUGGGAUUGGUUGUUAUUAGUGGUAGUUAGACUAUUUUCUCAUUAAAACUUAAAAGAUUAAAAACUGUUCUCUCAUUUUGUCAAAACUCCUAAUUUAACCCUUACAAAGACAAGGCCGGGAAAAGAUGGGGGAGCUUCACCAGAUGGACUCACUCCUUUGCUGCCUCUACAGGGAGCCUGGAGCCUCAGGGAUGGCCUUUGAGAGUGACAGACUCCCAGCCCAGAGAAACCUGGGAAGACUUCCAUGAACUGAUGCAAAGUAUGAGCAGAUGCAGGACAACAUUUUAUCAGACUAACAGCAACAUUAUGUGGUCAGAAGCUAUGGACGACUCAGCUGUUCUCCUGGGCAGUGAUGUUCAAGGAUGUGACUGUGGACUUCACACGGGAGGCGUGGCACCUAUUGUUCCCUGCCCAGAAGGAGCUGGGGAUGCCCCAGAGAUCUCCGCUGUGUGUGUGAGACCCUUCCCCUGGCCUGCUGAACUCCCCAAUUGAAAGAGAGUAAGGAGUUUGGGGUUAACCCAGGAAAGGUCUUCACAGAGAGAUGAGGCCUUUUUCUCAGGAGAGGAGCUUCGAGUGUUCUCGAGCAGAACUGUUUGUACCAGAGCCAGCAGCUGGUACAUUCCACCUCUGUUCUAUAGAAUUCCUCACUGCAGAACAGGUGCUGAAUGUAGAGGGAAUGAAAAUGAAAGUUUCUACUCCUUGAGGUGCCCUGUGUGUGCCCCAGUCUUCUCUGUAUUUACCUCUUCUCUCCUGUGGUCCUGCAGUCCAACACAAGAAGCAUCUUCAGGGAGCAGAUGGGACUCUGCACAAUUCUUCCCAUGAUCCCCCCCUGGACUUCUGCUUUGCCUUCAGCCUUCUCUGGGUUUCCUCCUUCCCUUUCCCCUUGUUUGUAGUUUUUUUUUUUAAACCCUUACCUUCCGUCUUGGAGGCAGAAGAGUGGUAAGGGCUAGGCAAUGGGGGUCAAGUGACUUGCCCAGGGUCACCCAGCUGGGAAGUUGUAGUUUUUAAAAGAAGCCUCUUUCUGCUCUCUGAUGUUUUGCUCUUGCUACAGUUGUCUUCAGUUAUUCAUUUCUCCUAUAUUUCUGCUGCUUGGGGUGUUGAAAAAGCAAAUGAUCUUUCCCCUUCGGGGUGUCUUCCUAAAAAUACUGCAGGCUCCUCUUCAUUAGUGAACCUUUACUGUUCUGUCUAAGAUUGUGCAGCUCACAUUUGCAGGUGUUGGGAAUGAAAUGUAACCAAAAGGUAAACUGAGGCAGCUCUCCAAGGAAGAGAAGCAGCAGAAUGCUGCCUGUCAAUAAAGGGGUUCGGGCUUGUCUCUGUUAAUGCUCCAAACCCUUAGCAGAAGGAUAGAUCUUGUUGAUAAGUGUGGAGGAUCACAGAACAAAGAACAGACAGGCUAAGUGAUGUCUGCCAUGGGAUGAAGGAUCACCAUUAGUUACAGAGCUGAGAUACUCAGGGAUACUGACUGACUGGAAUAGUGAAUAAUAAGGGGCCAGCAGUGCCCCAGCCCUCCUUCUCUCCUCAGUCUAAGAAGAGAUUCUUGUGUGACUCCAGUGCAAGGUGAGAGCCUGAACUUUGGGCUUAAACCCAGCCAUCUCUCCCUGGGCUUGCCUGCAUCUUCCAAGGUCAGCAAAUGCCUUGAAAUGAGUCUAGAACAGUGAUGAAGUGCCCAAGAGCUGGAUUCUGCACUUCCCCUAUUUCAGGCUGGCUGAGUGUGGAGGCAGAGAAGCUGGACUCAGGCAGCUCCCAGACAAAAGCAGUUACUGGUAAAUAGAAUCAAUAAGGAAAUGAUCUGAGAUCAGCUGGGCCUUCUCUGAGGAUGUCACCCGGGCUGCAUCCUGAGUCCCCAAACUCUCUGGAACUCCUCUUCUUUCUCGUGCCUUCCAUAGUGUUAUAAGUAAAAGUAAUCUGAGGGCUCAUUACCAGGUUGAUGAACAUUUAUUAGUAAAGAGAGAGUUUGGAGGCGGGGGAAGAGAGAGAGAGUGAUAGAGAGGGAGAGAGGUCUUAGCUUUUCCAGAUCUCCUUCUCGAUUCAGCUUGCUCAGGCUGGGAUAACCAGUGAUCAGGAGAUCAGGAAAGCCCCGAAACAAACCCUGAGCCCAGGGAGCCAGUUAGUUCUGGGGGAGGUACAAAAGGCCCCUCUCCUUCCUGUGCCUGACUGUUACCUUCCCCAGCUCCCCUCUCCGUGGCUCAGGCUCUGGCAUGUUGGUGAUGCUCACACUGAUACUGGCUGCCCUGGGACACAGCAACAGUGCCACAGACAUGUGACUGACUCCUACAUCCUACCUCGGGGGCCCCUGGGAUCCAGGCUGCCCUGCAGGUCCCCUAGGGAUUUCCCUUCACACACUAGAAAGUCCUUGGCUUCCCUUCUGAGCAUCCUAGAGCUGCUCUUCUCAAGCUUCCAUUGGGCUCUUAAAGACUUGGUUUCUAGUGCUGGCUCUGACACUGACCAAGGGCGGGACCUUUGGGCCCCUCCCUUCUCUAUGUGUCAGUUUCCUCCUAUAACUGACCAGAGGGGGCCUCUUCAUUGUGAAGUGGCUUUCAGCCCUCUGUGCUCUGCCUUGGGCUGCUCUAGGAGGUGGUGACUUUCAAGGAUGUGGUUGUGGAGUUCACUCGGGAGGAGUGGUGCCUCUUGUCCCCUGCCCAGAAGGAGCUGUUCAAGGAGGUGAUGCUGGAGAAUGCCUGGAACCUGCACUCUUUGGGGCUUCCAGCUCCCCUAGAAGACAUGAUCUCUUAUUUGAAGCUGAAGGAACCCCCAUGGAUGCUGGAACAGGAAGGCCUGAGGAGCUUCUUCCCAGAAGGAAAGAUCAGACUUGAAAUUAAGGCGAAUCCAACAGAGGUGAGCCUUCCUGUGGAAGAAAUGGGUCUACAAAAUUUCAUGAGUGGUGGUCUCGAUAACUUUGCUUUCAGAGAAUUCUGUGUUGCACCUCAAAAUUCAAUUCAUGUUGAACAUCAAAGAAUGCACACUGAGAAAAUGUCUAGUGAAUGUAAUCAGUGCGGAAAGAGUUUUAUGCACAGGGCCUGCCUUGCUGGACAUCAGAGAAUGCACUCUGAUGAGAGACCUUAUGAAUGCAAUCAGUGUGGAAAGACAUUCCCACAUUACUUCAAUUUUGCUAUACAUCAGAGAAUUCACACUGAAGACAAACUUUAUGAAUGCAAGCAGUGUAGAAAGACAUUCAGUAAGAGCUCCAGUCUUGCUAUCCAUCAGAGAAUCCACACUGGGGAUAAACCUUAUGAAUGUAAGCAGUGUGGAAAGACAUUCAGUCGGAGCUCCAAUCUUGGUUUUCACCAGAGAAUCCAUACAGUGAAGAAACCUUAUGAAUGCAAGCACUGUGGAAAGAAAUUCAGUCGGAGUUCUAAUCUUGGUAUUCAUGAAAGAAUCCACACUGGGGAGAAACCUUAUGAAUGCAAGCAGUGUGGAAAGACAUUCAGUCGAAGGUCCAAUCUUGGUAUUCAUGGAAGAAUCCACACAGGGGAGAAACCUUAUGAAUGCAAGCACUGUGGAAAGACAUUCACACAGCGCUCUGCUCUUGCUGUUCAUGAGAGAAUUCACACUGGGGAGAAACCUUAUGAUUGCAAGCAGUGUGGAAAGACAUUCUUGCAGAUCUCCUCUCUUGCUAUUCAUGAGAGAACCCAUACUGGGGAGAAACCUUAUGAAUGCAAGCAAUGUGGACAAACAUUCAGUACAGGUUCCAGUCUUUCUGAACAUCAGAGAAUCCACUCUGGUGAGAGACCUUAUGAAUGCAAUCAGUGUGGAAAGACAUUCACACAUUACUCCAAUUUUGCUGUACAUCAGAGAGCCCACAAUGGGGAGAGGCCUUAUGAAUGUGAUCAGUGUGGAAAGACAUUUGUUCGGAGCUCCUAUCUUGCUGUACAUCACAGAAUCCAUACUGGGGAGAAACCUUAUGAAUGUAAGCAGUGUGGAAAGACAUUCAAUCGUAGCUCCAGUCUUACUGUUCAUCAGAGAAUCCACACUGGGGACAAACCUUAUGAAUGCAAGCAAUGUAGAAAGACAUUCAUUACAAGCUCCAGUCUUACUGUUCAUCAGAGGAUUCAUACUGGUGAGAAACCUCAUGAAUGCAAGCAGUGUGGAAAAACAUUCACACAGAUCUCCAGUCUUGCUUUUCAUGAGAGAACCCACACUGGGGAGAAACCUUAUGAAUGCAAGCAGUGUGGAAAGACAUUCAUGCAGAUCUCUGCUCUUGCUGUUCAUCAGAGAACCCACACUGGUGAAAAACCUUAUGAAUGCAAGCAAUGUGGACAGACAUUCAGUCAGAGCUUCCGUCUUGCUGAACAUCAGAGAAUCCACACUGGUGAGAAACCUUAUGAAUGCAAGCAGUGUGGAAAGACAUUCAGUCGGAGCUCCAAUCUUGGUGUACAUCAGAGAACACACACAGGGGACAAACCUUAUGAAUGCAAGCAGUGUGGAAAGACAUUCAGUCGGAGCUCCAGUCUUGCUGUUCAUGAGAGAACUCACACAGGUGAGAAACCUUAUGAAUGUAAGCAAUGUGGAAAGACAUUCAGUCGGAGCUCCAGUCUUGCUAUUCAUCGGAGAAUCCACACUGGGGAGGAACCUUAAGAAUACAAGCUAUGUGGAAAUAUGUUUGCAUGAAUCUCCAGUCUUGCUAUUGUGUGAAGUAAAUUUACCCUACCCUCUUUCUGUGGCAAUAUAACUGGAGUGUGCCUGAACUUGACUCAGAGGUGAGGAUUGUAUAAUGGAAAUCAUUUUGUGAGAAUAGAAGUCAGAAAGAAAAAGUCAGAAAUGGUGUCAAGAUCUCAUGAGUUGACUACAAGGUGAUGUCUCCUGCAUCACCCCAUGGACUGCCCCCCUGGGCAGAUUUGUGAGUGUUAAUGGGUGGAGAAAGUUUUGAUGAGUAGAAUGAAGAGGCGAUAUCGAAGUUCUUUUUGUUCAGUUUUGUUUUUGGCUGAACUUCCCUAUGAGAAUGACUAGGAUAGUGGCCACAUAAUAGCAAGUUCAAUAGAGCAGUGAGGAAAAUAUAUCUCUUAUUUUCCAUCUUUUCUCCCUGCUACCUUAGAUUAAAUAAAAUUAUUUUACCUUCAGUCUUAUCAUUUUCCCUCUUAUGCUAUAUAUUACAGAAACCAGACAUUCACGCUCAAUUCUCAUCUUGCUCAAAAUCAGACAAUUCACUCUACUGUCAUUAGCUCUCCUAUGACUAGGUCCAAAGAGGCAUAUGAUUUAGACCUAAAAUGUGAUCCCAUAGGAAAACUAAGAGAGUGUAGAAGAGUUUAUCUUUCAAAUUAGUUUAUUGAUAAGGGAAGAAUUCAUGACCAUAUAAGAAAAAGGUAACCUUAUAAGGUAUGAAAUAGUAUUUUUUUUUAUUAAAUCCAAAGCUGUACAAACAAUGCUACCAAGAUUAAAAGUGGAAACAAGUUUUUUGCUUACGCUAUGUCCAAUUAAAUACUUCAAUUUCAAAAAAUUAAAAAAAUUCUAGACCUAUUCUCUAAUCCCUUAAUUCAUAAUUUUAUGGCAUCCCAAUCUAAAGAGUUAAUUUAGGGAAGAAAUAAUUAGCAUCAUUUCCUGUACAAGGAUUUCCAGAAAAUUUCUAUAAAACAAAAAUUAAAAGACAAGAAAUAUUGUGUAUUUCAAAUGUGAAAUAAACUUAUUGACAUUCCAAUGACUUCUAUUCAGUUUAAUGCAUUAUCAAAAGCUAUCUUACAUAGAAAAUUACAAUGUAUCUAUCAGCUUGAUAUUCUGUAUUGAUUGUACCCAGAGGCCACUGUAACAUAACUGCUAAAGUUAUAUUCUACAAUUUCUAAUCCUAUCUGUUACAUAUAAAAUAUUAAACUUAUUUUCCAUUAAA